UUGAAAUGUCGGAAGCGCUCGAGUUACAUUUCCGGUUCAUUGCUUCUCGACGCUGAGAUAAAAUCUAGCUAGCUAUCUAACGUGUUCCCUCCUACAGGCUGAAAUGAGCAGAGCUAAUACAUGUCAUUGUGUGAAAGGUGAAAUGUGAUGACACGAAAGCAGCCCUCUCAGAAGGAAGCCUGGGACUAACAGCUAACUAAUGGAUUCGGAAGUGUCCGUGAUGCUUCACUGUGGUCCCUCGAGUGGGCUAGAAGAACAUCAAGUACACGCAGAGAUAUCGACACGGUUCAAUCGCCGUAGUGUUGAUGAGAUGGAGAAGCACAUUGAGGCAGUGUGGAAUGAGAGGGUAUCCAGAGAGCCGUGGCUUUUCAACGGGGCUAAAUUCAGACUGCACGCCGCCGAACUCUCCACAACACUUCAGGAUACUUCCAAACCGUACUGUAACACAUCACACCAAGCAGCCACACCAACUUUAACCCGUGAAACCGCUAAGGGUGGAACACAGCACGGAGACCAUGCGGCUUCUGACCUUAUGCCUCCUCGCCGUGUUGAGAGAGAAGGGGCUUCUCUUGCAGAAAUACACACGCCAGGAGUGAACGCAGAGUGUAAGAAAAACGACAGCGCUAGCGAGACCACAGAAACCCUCCGGAAAGAUCUGAGCACACUGUCGUCAAAAACCACCCCAAAGCCGCCAGACAUGCUGCUCAGAUUACAGCUGGGUUUGACUAGUUACAAAGACUUCCUAGGGACCAACUGGUCACGGGAGGCUGCAGACCUCCAGCAGCGUGGAGAGGUAGAGUUCAGGGACCCUCAGACCUUCCUGGCCCAGCCUCUUGGGGUCGGUGCGGUCUUGGUAACCUCCGACGGGUACGUGGUUCUGUUGCGGAGGAGUCGGAGAGUAGCAGAGGCAGCAGGUCUCUUGGACAUACCUGGCGGACACCCUGAGCCUAAGGCUGUGUGUCAGGGGGUGUGUGAAGAGGCCAUCAGCAUCAACCUGUUGAAGGGCCGUGAGAGGGCUGUUGUUGCAGAGAUCUUUUCUUCUGUGUGUGUGGAGGUCAGAGAUGAGGUGAAUGUUCCACUCGGCUAUCUGAGUUCACCUGCUCUGAUGGGAAUAGCGCUAAACCGCACCAGCGCAGGAAGGCCAAGCGCAGAGUUCUACAUCAGGUGUUCUUUGAGCAUGGAGGAAGUGAAGGAUUUUUACUGGCGUGGAGGUCCUGAAGCACACGAGUCAACAGAUAUAGUGUUUCUGAGCAGAGCGGAGAUGCUACAGUUGGAUGAGAACGCUUCCUUGUGGUCAGAACUGUGCCCCUCAGCCAAAGGAGCGGUGCUGUUGUAUCAACUAGUGAGACCUGAUUGUUUAAUAUAGAUGUAAAGUAAAAAUGCAGAACUGUUGCACAGGCCAAUUAAAAGGCACAACAUAUAGAAUAUUUCCAUUAAAUUACCUUUAUGUUCAGUCAGAUGAGCAGGUGUUAAAGGCUUUUACCAAAGUGGCCUAAAAGGGCAUUUGUAAAAACAUUAAGUUGAUGCUCCAUUUAAAUUUUUUUUUUUUUUUAAUAGUUUUAUUUUUUUACAUGUUAAGUUAGAAUUCACACAUACUGCUUGAAAUAGUGGACAUGAAAUGUGAAAUUGUUUUUAAUGACAAAUAUAAUUCAGAUGCUCAUUACAGACAGUCAAUAAAGUUCCAGUUCAUGACAGAUGGCUAAAAUUCUUUACUAAAACCUACUCUAAAAACCUCCAGUCUCCAGUAUAGUACAAUUGUAACUCCAUUUUCACCCAGUAUUAAAAGUUAAGGUCUUUUCAGUAGGAAACCUUUUAAAAAUUUUGCAGUCAAAACAGGAAAUUUCAUGACUAAAGCCCUUUUGUUUAGUCUUGUAUUUUAGAGUCCGUUUACAAAAGGAGUAAAUGUUUGAAUUAUAAUUUUUUUCCCGAUAACCAUUUAAUGCAC